ACGUCGCGCCGUACCACCCACGAACUCCCAUAAGUAUCGCGCGAGGUACCGGCCGGGUAUGCACCAUAAAUCGGGAUUUUAUCCCACAGACUGCCGGACUCGUGGCACGAUCGCACGAUUGCGUAACAUUAAAUUAGUCCCUGGAUUCGAUUCCGGGCGAUUGCGAGGUCUCGAGGUCUAUUCUCGACCGCAAUAAAAUCGGACUCGCGAUAUAAGGAUGAUUUGAUUCAAAAAGAUCUUUAUGUGAUAUAAGAAAUCUGAAGAAUCUAUGAAACCGAGAUACGAAUUUGUUUUUUUUUCUUUCUUUUGCAGGAGUCGCGUGGGGUCGCCGACGAUGUCAGCGACUGUCGCCGGCAACCAGCAGCAACAUCACCCUCAUCAGGAAUGGGACAUAAACGAUUCGAACGUUCCGAGGGUAAGUUUUCCCGUCUCGCGCCGCGACGAGACGAGAUACCGAUUUUUCCAGCACGACGCUUAUGAAAUCCCUCGAAAGGGAUUUAAGUCGCGUCUCAAGGAUAGAAUUUUGCUUCAGGUAGUGGAAUAUGAUCCCUGGUGCGAAUGGGCGGACGGACACGUGAGGAGAGUCUACGGGCCGGAUUGCGAGGAAGCGAGGAGGCAUGCCUCCGGUUGGGCGAUGAGGAACACCAACAAUCACAAUGUGAGCAUUUUGAAGAAGAGUUGCCUGGGCGUUCUCGUGUGCUCGCAGGAGUGCAUACUGCCUGGCGGUGGUAGGGUUCACCUCCGACCGGCGAUCUGCGAUAAGGCGAGAAAGAAGCAGCAGGGCAAACCGUGCCCCAAUAGACAAUGCACCGGUCGCCUGGAGAUAUUGUCCUGUCGCGGUCAUUGCGGUUAUCCCGUGACGCACUUUUGGCGGCACACGGAGCACGCGAUUUUCUUCCAGGCCAAGGGCCAGCACGAUCACCCGCGGCCGGAAGCGAAGUCUACGUCGGAGGCGCGAAGAAGCGUGGGCGCCGGCAGGCGGGUCAGAGGGCUGGCGGUGCUUUUAGCGAGAGAGGCCGCCCUGGGCUCCAAGUUGAUGUCACUGAGAGGAACCAAGAGACCAAGCGCAGACACGCUCGAGCAACCGUCGAGAACGACACAGCCACCUCCAUUGAUCUCCGAUAAAGGAUAUUCAUGUUCGUGUCCGCCCUUCGAAUGUAUGUGCUCACUGCAGACAAACGUACCAUCGUAUUCACAGUCUCAUCAUCAUCAAACGACGAUAUAUCCCCAACAGCUACCACCUACGGAUGGACCUUAUUGGCUACAGGACGUUCCACCGCAGGAAAAUACUGCCGGCUAUUGUUUGCCAAAUCAAAUUCCUCAGGAGGCGUCUUACGGCGACUUUCCACCCUUCACGGGUGACCUCUUUCAACCGGAAGAGAUUUUUCAACUGGAUCAACCUUUGAGGCCAGAUUUCUCUGCAAAUCCACAAGACGUGGCUCGCUCGCCACCGACGUUGCUCGAUCUCGGCAGCGGCACGAUCAAAUAUGAGAUGAAACAACAAAGCCAAGAUCAAAGUUACUGGAAUCAAUUCCUUAGCGAAGACUCCAGCAGUAGUCAUUUGAGUCUGCCUCAGGACGAAAGGCUCCAUUUCGCCAGCUUUGAACCCGAAAAGAUUUCCAAUGGCUUCUCUUCCAGAAGGACGAUGCAUCCUUAUGUCCAAGAAAAAAAUCAGAAUCAGCCAGCGAACGACGUGCUGAGCUACCAGAAUUAUCCCCGAUCGCAGAGUCAGAAGGGUUUUAUCGAGGGAAGCGUGAAGGACGAACACGAGCAGUCCUAUUGGCCUCAGGACAAUCAACAAGACAACAGAUUACACUUGGAGAACUUCGAGGUCAAGGAAGAGGAUCUUUUGCCCUCGCGUAGAGAAGUCGAAUGCUAUAAAAACAGCUGCCAGCCCCCGAUGGUGAGCAGAACGGAAUACGGUCUCUACCAGAGACCCAAGAAUGAGGAUCUUCAAGAGGCAGCGCGACGCAACUGCAGUCCCGAGAACAAACCGUAUCCCUUCGACGGUUAUCACCAGAUGUUCGAGCAUGGCGACAUUAAGAAUCAGCCGCACAAUCGCGUCGUUCACCAGAACUCGACGCGGACCAAUCUGGACGAGAGGCUCCAGGGCGGUUACGGUAAUCAGGAAACGCCGGAAACCGCGGAGAGGCUGUUCCACAACUCCGGCGUGGCGGAAACGUCGAUUCAAUCCCGGAACAGUCCCGAAUCCUUCUUCUAUCCCAACAACGAACGUUGCCAUUAUACCUGCGAGAUUCUGGAGCGGGUGCCGCAGGUGAUGAGCACCGGGCCGGUACACGGGACCGUCAACAACUACGGCGAUCCGGCCGCUAACGAUCUGGAUCUGCCGCCUUUCGUCGAUUACACGCUAGUCGGGAUGCUGUGCAGCUCCGCGGACGAGGAGACGUCGAACUUGCUGCCGGGUUGCCCCCAGGACUCGCACAGCUACAUUCCUCACCAUUAGAGAAACAUUCCCACCGCCGCUCUACUCAUUUGUAUUAUAUAAAUAAAUAUAAGAUAGUGUUGCACUUUCUCUCCAAAUCGACGGACUUGUUCAUUUAUUUGUAAUCAAUUCAUUAAUUUUAAACACAAAA